AGAGGCUAUUGCAUUGAAGGUAGCUUAGGCUCAAACUGUCAAGCUUCUGGUAAAUGGUCCAGUGAGCCACCACGCUGCAAUCGAGUAAAAUGCAAGAAACCAUCUAAACCAAAGUUUGGUCAAAUAUCAGUCAACACGACUGAUAUAUUUGUUGACUUCAUAGCAACUUAUCAGUGUAACAAUGGUUACGAUAUCAAUGGAAACAGUUCUCUUCACAAACAUGAAAGAAUUUGUAUGCAAAAUGAGACAAUCAAUCACUGUGAUGGAAAAUGGUCAAAUAAACAGCCAGUGUGCAAACCAAAACUUUGUCCCACAGCCCUGAAGCAAAACAAUAGAACAAUAUUGGGCAAACUAUAUGAGUACCCACACUCUAUUACUAUUGGCUGUGAUGAUGGUUACGAACUUCAUGGUGGCAGUAGCGUGUGGAAUUGCUCCGACCGAGGAACAUGGAUUGACACAAUCACCAAAAAGAGUGGCGACCUACCCUCAUGCGAACCAAAAGAUUGUAAAAAGCCAAUCGUUUCUGAAAGCUGUGGAUUAAAUGGAACGUAUUACAAAUAUCCGGGAGUCGUAAACUUUACUCGCCUCCAUGGCUAUUGUGUUGAUGGAGAUAAAAGCAUUACAUGCAAAAGUGAUGGCAAAUGGUCAAGUCAAUCUCCUUCUUGCAAAAGGAUAACGUGUCAGAAAAUUUCUCGUCCACGAAAUGGAUCAAUAAAUCGCAAGAUAUUGGGAGAGAGAAUCAAUCCUUUUGUCAAUUCGACUGUCGCUUUCUCUUGCAACGAAGGUUACGAUUUGAAUGGCAACGAGAGCCUUUCUAUUAUAAAUGUAUCAUGCCUUCAACAAGAUGACAUUUCAGACUGCAAUGGACGGUGGAGCAAUACAACUCCGUGCUGCAUACCAAGAUCCUGUCCCAAUCCGUCCAGGUCAAACUUCAAGAAUGGAACUAUAAUAGGCGAUGCAUUCUUCUUUCCAGAAACUAUAAACCUGACUUGCAAUGAAGGUCACGAGCUAAUUGGUGGUACUUCUGUAUUCAAAUGCAACGAAAAAGGCAACUGGGUUGAGGUCAAAAUGCCACGGCAAGAAACUAAAAAUGCUGUUCGAGUUAGAAUUGGAAACCAACGAAGAUACAUUAACAAAUGUAAAGAAAACCAAAUGCAUGUACGUAAAACAAAUAAAGGAGCAAAUCUUCACUUUCCAACUUGUAAACCAAAAAACUGCAACAUACCAAAAUUAAAACCACACUGCAACAGAAUAGGAAUCUACUUUCAGUACAAGGGUGUUGUAGAAUAUGGCCGCGACUAUGGAUACUGCAUAGUUGGACCAAACAAAACUCAAUCAAGGUCAUGUUCGGAUCCUAACAAUCCUAAUUUCACACAUGGAAUCAUAGAGGGAAAAGCCUAUUUCUACCCGGAAACAAUCUUCCUAAAUUGCAGUAAAGGUCACGAGAUCGUCGGCGGAAGAUCCUAUUUUCAGUGCAAUCAAACUGGCCAGUGGCAUGAAAUAUCAAAACCCAGUGACGAGGCAGCACAACAAGCCAAUGAGAGAAUCAACUCAGAACCUAAAGAUUGUGGAAAACCUUUUGUGGCCAGUAACUGUACUCUGGUGUCAACGAUCUUCCAUUAUCCACACAAAGUGAUGUUUGCCCGCAACUAUGGAUACUGCGUUGUUGGCAGUAAUAUCUCUCAAUGCAAUUCACAAGGACUUUGGUCAAAAGCGUCACCAACCUGUGAACAAAUUCAAUGUCCACCUCUUAGCGAUCCCGAACAUGGUACAGUACAGUUGAGCUCAGAACAAAGGUUUGUAAAUGAUACGGCAGUUUACAGCUGUCAUUCCGGCUAUGACCUAAAUAUGGAUAAAAAGAUUCAAAUAUUUACUCGAAUUUGCUUACAACACGAUAACCCUCACGAAUGCAAAGGAACGUGGAGCGAAAAACAGCCAUGUUGUAUACCAAGGUCAUGUCCGGAUCCUAACAAUCCUAAUUUCACACAUGGAAUCAUAGAGGGAAAAGCCUAUUUCUAUCCCGAAACAAUCUUCCUAAAUUGCAGUGAAGGUCACGAGAUCGUCGGCGGAAGAUCCUAUUUUCAGUGCAAUCAAACUGGCCAGUGGCAUGAAAUAUCAAAACCCAGUGACGAGGCAGCACAACAAGCCAAUGAGAGAAUCAACUCAGAACGUGAGAAAGUAAAAUCCUGCGUAUGGCCAAAGUCAAAUUCAAUCAAAACAAGGCACUUUCCCACCAACAUAAGACAAUUUCCUACCUGCCAACCUAAAGAUUGUGGAAAACCUUUUGUUGCCAGUAACUGUACUCUGGUGUCAACGAUCUUCCAUUAUCCACACAAAGUGAUGUUUGCCCGCAACUAUGGAUACUGCGUUGUUGGCAGUAAUAUCUCUCAAUGCAAUUCACAAGGACUUUGGUCAAAAGCGUCACCAAGCUGUGAACGUAAGAUAUAG